CCGAAAAAUCCGCCUCUCGUUCAGAUUAGCACCAAUUGCUGGAAAUUUGACUUUCUGAUAGAUAAGCGCACCCACAUUGACCUGGGAUCCUUUAAAUAACGGCACUUUUGCGCGCCAACCGUUCAGUUCGCAUCGAUUCAGCCUUCAAACAUGAAAUUUUUGGCAGUGCUUGCUCUUGCCGUGGCAGCCGUUUCGGCUUCCGCAAUCCCCGAGCGCGAUGGUCGCAUCAUCGGUGGCGCUAUCGCCACGGCCGGUCAGUUCCCAUACGCCGUAGGUUUGAUCACCCGCAUCAACAUCCUGCUGUCUGGACAAUGCUCAGGAUCACUGAUUUCGAACCGAUUCAUCCUGACGUCGGCUGGCUGCGUCAAUGGAAUCCAGAGUGCCGUUGCCGUAGUGGGAGGACUUCGCAUCAACGAUUCAACCGAGCCUGGACAGGUGCGCAUGACCGUCACCGAGUUCAUCGUGCACUCCGGUUACGAACAAGAUGGGGAGUACUUUGACGUUGCCUUGGCCGUUUUGCCGUCACCAAUUACCUUCACUGACAACAUUCGCGCUGUGAGACUUCCGAACCGCCGCCAGGUGGGAUCUCUGUUCAAUGGCCAACAAGGUACCUUCAUUGGCUGGGGCCGUUUUGGAGAGGGAACCAGCAACUCCGAUGUGUUGCGUUUCGGAAACUCCCAGGUCAUAACCAACUUGGCUUGCCGUGUGAGCCUGCCAACCAACACUAUUCUGGAUGAGCAUGUCUGCACGGAUGGGUUGAACGUCGAUAUCAACCGUGGAUCACCAUGCCAGGGAGACAGUGGCGCCCCGUUGACCAUCACCGACGCCGACGGAAUCACAACCCAGAUUGGUGUGUUCUCGUUCCACUCGAUCUUGGGAUGCGACAGUGGCCGUGCCGCUGUUUACACCCGCAUGUCUGCUUAUCUGAACUGGAUCGAGCAGAACUCGGAUGUAGUGAUUGCCGAUGACUUUUGAGCUGCUUGUCGUUAUGCAUAGAUUGUGAUCUUGAAAUUAGCCAAAAUAAAUGUGCCGUUAUCUGAUUGAUAUUGGGCGGAUUAAAAUCGUACGAUUGAUGUUUAAAUCAAACGUAAUCACUGUUGUAUGUAAUCGCUUAUUACUUGGCUGCCUAUCUGAAAUGACGUAGGGUAGUGCGAUAAUACAAGGUGAAUUAUUUCUACAAUAAACCAAGAUAUGAAA